AUGGACCUGUACAUAAAAGAAACCUUGCUCUUCAGAGUUGGUAGACUGCUUUUUGAUGUAGUUCCUUUUUUAAAGCAUUUAUUUACGAAGUAUCUUGGUCUGCAGCCUAUCACUUUAACUUAAAAGUUGGCAUCAACUUCUCAGCUAGGAAAACUUGGAUGUUCUCUCAAAAACUCAGCAAAACAAAAUGAUGGACGCCGAUGACCUAGAUUUUCCUAGCGAUUUUUGCUCGGAUGAAAAUUGUGGUACGGCUGUAGUCCAAAAUACAUUGCUAUUUAGCGCUUCACAAGAUGCAGAACCGUCUAUAGUUGCAGGUGGGUUAUAUACAUAUGAGCACAACUCGGUUUAUCCGAAGUUUUACGACACUGAGACGUCCGUUGAAGAACCAGAGGAGAGUGAAAAGGAAAGGACUGUGGUUCUGUCAACGACCCAACCACUUAGGCCCUUCUAUAACCCAAUUAACUAUGGAAUCCACAAGCCAUGGGCAAUGUCAGAUAACGAGUAUCUGUCAGGUGGUGGUGGUGGUGACACUGGGUAUACUAGUGCUGGGAGCAUUUUGAGAAAGCCAAGGCGGCCUGUUGGCAAAGUUUCAACUGUUUUAGUCGGAUGGAAUGUUGUAAACAUGAUGAUGAAUCUGAGUAUUCUUGCAAUCCCAUACAGCAUUGCAUCAGGAGGUCUUAUCUCAGUUGCACUCAUACCAAUUAUAGCAAUAAUGUGUGGAUACACUGGGAAAUUGCUUAUUGAUUGCAUGUAUGAGCAUUCUGUUCGAAGGAGAAGGUAUAAAACACGGGUGCGCCUAGACUACAUUGAGAUUGGACAAGAUUAUUCAAAUUCUGAUACAGGAGGAAGAAUCAUCCAUGUCUUGCAAGUUAUUGACAUGCUAUGUGUCUGUAUUUUAAACAUAAAUGUGCUUGGAGCUUUAUGUUUUGAAAUUUUCCAUAGUCACUUAAGUAUAGAGGUUUGUACAGCUAUUGGGGUCACCAUUGCUCUUCCAACAUUCUUCAUAAGUAGACUAGGUUUAAUAGCCUGGAUGCAUUUAGUUGGUGUUGCAUCAUUGGUUAUUGGGCUCAUUCUUGUAGAAGGAUAUUGUGUGGCAAACUUUAAAUAUUGGAGUAUCAGAGACAUUCCAAUCUACAAUUUAGAGAAAUUACCAAUAUCAAUUGGCAUUAUAGUGUGCUCGUUUGGAAUUCAUUCUGCUUUGCCUGGAAUAGAACAGCAGAUGAGCAAACCAAAGCAAUACCGCCCAAUGCUUGCUAUUACUUUUUCAUCUGCAGUGGUUGCUAAGAUGCUGGUUGGCUUCACAAAUGCAUUAUUAUACGGGACCAAAACAGAUGAAGUCAUAACUGUAGACCUUCAGUAUCAUUUUGGCCUAGGGAUUGCCUCAGCUGUCUUUAUUUUCAUUUCAGUGCUUUGCCUUUUUUCGUUACCAACAUUUGUCAUCAUGGAGAGUAUAGACAGUACCAUUGCAGAGAUGUUUCCUUUUUUUCAAAGGGCUGAAAAUGGAUACAGUAUUUGGCUGUCAGUUUGUAACCGCUUCAUGAUAAUUGCCCUAUCACUGACAGUGGCUAUAUUGGUUCCUCAUUUUGCUUUGCUGAUGGCAUUCAUUGGCAAUACAAUAAACACAUUGCUGUCAUUAACCAUACCUUGCAUUUUUCAUUUGAGAAUGAAAAAAUCUCGUUUGCGAUGGUAUCACCAUAUUUUCAAUCGGCUGAUCAUUGGCCUUAGCAUAAUAUCAAUGCUUACCGGAGUUUUCUUUACUGGAAGAGAGCUACACAGAAGCAUGACAAAACAGAAAUAGACAAUAGUGAAAAUAAAAGAAAGUGGAGCAAGAAAAACAAAAGUGAAAAUAUUCCGUAUCUAACAUUGUGUAGAACCAAUGUGUUUGCUUACAGCAUACCAGCUUUGUUUUGUUAAGACCAAUAAAGUAAUUACAAAUUUUUAGUUGAAUCAUUCUAUAUGUUCCUUAACAAUUGUAUACUUGCAGAAAUAAGAUUGUAGACUUGCAGAAAUAAGGUUACUGAGAAUGUUGCUUGAUUACGGUAAAUAAUUAAACAAGAUUAUAGAAAACAUUAAAUUAAAAAUAGAUUUUCAGUGGUACAGUUUGUAGCACCUAAUGCAAAAUGCAAGUCAGGCCAAAAACAUUUUUCCAUUUCUUGUAACAGAUAGAUUAAUAUAUUUUUAAUAUCUCUUCUGAGACACUUUGUUUCUAAGAUCAGUAUAUUAUAAACAGAAAGAACUGUGAUGGCACCAAUUUGGCCAGUUUAUUACAAUGUUUAGUUCAUCUUUAGUUGUAAAACUUAUUAAACAAAAUCACUCAUGCUUGUAAAAUUUUAGCUUUUGUUAAUAUAUUCGCCUUUUGAAGAAACCUUUAGGUAACCUUAAGCCCGUUUUUAUAUUUUAUUAUCAAACAUUUCUUAAGUUAUUGGUUUUUAAAAUACCUUUUUGUCAUAUUUUUAUCGCUUACUUGCUGUAAUUAUUUGUACUUCUUUAGUUAAAUAUAAUAUUGUACACUGAUAGAGAUUUGCAAGAGAUUUGAUAGAGAUUAGCCUCCCUCCCUUUGAUAGAGAUUUGCAAGAGAUCAAACAUCUCUACGCUAUUAUGCAUAUAGAAACUGAUAUUGUUAUGUACUCUUUUCAAUCGUUUUGUUAAGAUAACUACUCUUCCUUUUUUGCCAUCUCUUCAACUCGAAGGUUUCGUUUAUUACUCAUAACAAUUUAUAAAGAUUGUGUCUGUGCGUCCCUCAUUAUAGA